GUGGAAAUCAGUGUAAUGUAAUCCACUAGACUUGUUGACUCAUUGUUAUAAAUUUGAUACAAUUUACAAGAUACUUCAAUAUGUCGCAGAUUUGCUGUGGAAAAUUUAAACAUGAGAAAAAUGAAAAUCUCGACGACUAUUUUAAGGCUUUGGGGGUUCCAUACCUUAUAAGAAAAAUGAUUUGUUCCACCAGCCCACAAUUGGAAAUAACAAGUGAUGAACAAGGAAAUUGGACCGUAUCUCAAAUCACAAUGCUAAAAACCACCGUUGCCAAAUUUAAAUUGGGCGAGGUAUUUGAAGAAAACAUGCCUGGAGGAUUAUUAAAGAGUAAUGCCGUUUUGGAAGAUAACAAACUAAUAAUAAGCUCGACGGGGCCAAAUCAGGAAAAAGUAACAAGAACUUACGAGUUUUCCGAAAGUCACUGUAUCCUGACCCUCAAAGAAUUAAAAAGUGGGAUUGAAGCCAAAAGGCAUUUUAAGAGAAGCCAAUAAACUAUUUAUUUAAGUUUUAUGUUAUUGACUAUAAUAUAUCUAAAUAUUGUAUUAUGUACACUUCCUUUGACUAAAUAAAGU